GAUGCCGCCCUCCUCCUCCUCCCGGGAGCUUCCCUCCGCUCCGGCAGACGGCCAGGGCCAUGGCUUCCUCGGCCGAAGGAGGCCAGCAAGUGGCCGUGUGGCUGAAAGCCGACGACCUGCGAUGCUCCAUCUGCCUGGAGCUGCUGACUAGCCCGGCCACGCUGCUGUGCGGCCACAGCUUCUGCCUGGGCUGCCUGCGACAGUGGGCGGAGGCCAAGGCGCGGGAGGGCCGAGAGCGCAGCUGCCCCUACUGCCAUCGCGCCUUCCUCAAGAGGCUGCCCGAGCGCAACGUCUUGCUGGAGCUGCUGCUGGAGCAAUACCGCCGCGCGGCCUCCGACGGGGCACUUCCUCGGGCGAGGCCGCCUCCCCCGGCGCGCUCCUCCCAGCAGCCCGCCGCAAGUGAGCGAGCGACGCAGGAUGAGGUGAGAAUAAGCGAAAUCCCUGCACAAGUCACUGUGGUGUGCGAUGCAAUCGCCAACAUGGGGAAGGACAGGACUGAAAUGAAGGAUUAUGUAUCUCAGAUCAAAACCACAAUUACAGAAGACUUCACUGUCAUGAAGAAGUACAUUAAUGAGCAGGAGCAAAUGGUGCUGGAAGUUCUUGACCAAGAAUGUAGAGUGGCUGAACAAAAAACGGAUGCAGUGGUUCGGAUGCUGACAGCAAGAAACGACAAGCUUUUAGAGUUGCAAGAUAACUCUGAAGAACUGCUGAAGCAUGUCUCACCAGAACAAGAAGCUUGCGUGGGUUCUUCUGCUGCAGUUGAUGAAGUUACACUGGAUGUUCAGAAGAUCAAUAAUAUUGCAUGUGCCGUAAAAAAGCUCAAAAGAUCAUUGAAAAUGCCAUUGUUGGGGAAGUAUUCCAAGCAGAUGCUACAAGACCCUCCUCCAGGAGCCAGCAGCACCAGUGAAAUCCUGAUGGAGGUGGAAGAACACGUGGUUGUCUCCUCCAGCAAUUCUUCCCAGCCUCAAGCUACACAUCAGGACACUAGUAGCUGUCCUUCAUCAAUGGAAUGGGACAGAGACAGUUCAAUGCCAAUGGUUUCAAGUCAGUUUUCUCCAUGGGCAACCGAUGUGACAUUUGAUCUCGAGAGAAUCAAUAACAACCUGGAACUCACAAAAGAUAAAAGGAGAGUGACUGUGUCCCCGUAUCCAUGUAAAUAUGAACGCUCCCCAAAAAGAUUCCGCACCAGCCAGGUGUUGGGGUCUCCGGGUUUCUCUGAAGGGUGCCAUUACUGGGAAGUGAGCACCAAAGACAGUACUGGGUGGGCCAUUGGCGUGGCUGUUGGAGAAAUUGGCUGUCAUGAUAAACUAGGGAGAACUGAGCUAUCCUGGUGCAUAGAAUGGUCAAAUAAAAAACUCUCUGCAUGGCACAAGGGACAAGAAAUUCAAAUUAGUGAAGAGAAACCUCUGCGGGUUGGUACCUUUCUCAACAUCCCUGAAAACUGCUUAUCAUUUUAUUCUUGCUCUGAUAAGGAAACUUGCUUACAUAACUUUGAAAUCAAAACAGACAGUCCCAUUUACCCAGCCUUUUGGAUAUAUGGUGUGCAUGCAGGUGAAUUUUUAACUAUGUACAGUAUUAAGAGGAGCUAGGGUAUAGCUAGUAUUCCACAGUAUAUUUGGAGGGCACAUGACAGAGCCCCUUUGAUGACGCUAAGCAGGUCUGUAGUCUGACUGCUGCCUGGAUUAGAGAUGUCUUGGGAAGCCCAUGUAAGCUGUCAUGAGCUCUGUGAAGAAAGGAAGAGGGAUAUACAUGCCAUAUAUACAUAAUAUCUGUGCUAGCAAUGUGUAUUGCUUUCAUACCAUUUUAAACUUUUAUGGCUUCCCCCAAAGCAUCCUGGGAAUUGUAGUUUUGUGAGGGUGCUUUUCUAUUGUAGAUCCACAGUGUAUCCUCCCUUCCCUCCUUAAAAUGCCCAGGAAGUGACCAAGCAUUAAACCAACUCAGCUGUGUAGUGUAAAUAUAUCCAAAGUCUACAUUGUCUCUGGAUGGAGGAUUUAGGCUUCAAAAUAUAUGGCUUGCACAGCCGGAGCUCUGCCGGAGCUCUGCUCCUGUGCGCUCCCACAGGAAAUGACCCCUGAUCAUGUGCAUUAUAAAAUAAUACAAACAAGGUAGUGUCUCAGUAGGAGAACAUUUGCGUUGCAUCUCCAGAUAACAUCUGGCAUCUCCAGAUAAAAGUAUAAGUACUGUGUGAAGUGAAAAAUCUCUGAGACCCUGGAGAGCCACUGCCAGUCUGA